AUGUUCUACCGAAAUCUAAGCAACGUCAUGAUAAAGGCAUCACUCCGCGAAUCUGGAGUGGUACGGAUUUCCGGUGGAGUACACGGGGUCGUAGAUUAUGGGGAGGAAGGCUCUGAAGAAGGCGAUAUAGCCGAAACGCUAGCCAAUAAGUUUAUUCAACAACCUCGUGCACAGCUUAUCAAACUCGAUACUACAUUCAACUAUGCAGAGGUCGUCGCUUCGUCGACAAUGCUCAAGGGCAAGAAGAAGGACAAAGAAGGAAAGGAGAAGGCAGAGAAAGAUAAAGACAAGGAUAAAGACAGUAAAAAAGACAAGAAAAAAGAGGAGAAAGAACAGAAAGAGAUCCCAACGAUCCAAACUGAGGAUACAAGUGUAAAUGACAAUGGUGCACCACCACCCGACGCGCCACCGCCUACUUCCCUCAAGAAGAGUAACUACGGUGGAGGCCCUGUCAUCCCCCGAAGAGAUCGUCGGCAAUCAAGUAGUCUAUUCAAUGUGUCGUCAAAUAGGGAGCUUAUCAAGUUGCCAUCGAUCAAAGAAGCAGAUCCGUCAGAACGUGAAGAUUUGUUCAUCCAAAAGAUACGACAAUGUUGUGUGGUGUUUGAGUUUGCGCAAGAUCCACUCAGUGAUAUGAAGUAUAAGGAGGUGAAAAGAGCUGCCUUAAACGAGCUAAUCGACUACGUUUCCACUUGCAGGGAUGUGAUUACUGAGAAUGUGUAUCCCGAAGCUAUUAACAUGUUCGCCCUGAAUCUUUUCCGGCCGCUUUCACCGCCGACGAAUCCGGUUGGUGCAGAGUUUGAUCCGGAUGAAGAUGAACCAACUUUGGAGGCAGCGUGGCCACAUUUGCAGCUUGUCUACGAGUUUUUCCUGCGUUUCUUGGAAUCACCUGAUUUCCAGUCCAGUGUAGCUAAGAAAUAUAUUGAUCAUCAAUUCAUGCUAAGGCUUUUGAUGAUCAUGGACUCUGAAGAUCCACGUGAACGCGAUUUUCUCAAGACAACAUUGCAUCGGAUAUACGGAAAAUUUUUGGGCAUGAGGGCCUACAUUCGGAAGCAAAUUAAUAACAUCUUCUACUGUUUCAUUUAUGAAACAGAGCGCCACAAUGGUAUAGCAGAAUUGUUGGAAAUAUUAGGAAGUAUUAUCAAUGGUUUCGCUCUUCCUCUCAAAGAGGAGCAUAGGACAUUUUUACUUCGUGUUUUAUUGCCACUGCACAAGGUAAAAUCUCUAUCUACUUACCAUCCUCAGUUAGCCUACUGCGUGGUGCAGUUCUUAGAAAAAGAUCCAUCGUUGACCGAACCAGUUAUUCUAGGAUUGCUUAAGUUCUGGCCAAAAAUUCAUAGUCCGAAAGAAGUGAUGUUCCUUAAUGAAUUGGAAGAGGUUCUAGACGUCAUAGAACCGGUCGAAUUCCAGAAGGUGAUGGUUCCUUUAUUUACGCAACUAGCACGCUGUGUUAGCAGUCCUCAUUUCCAAGUUGCUGAACGCGCGUUGUACUAUUGGAAUAACGAAUACGUCAUGUCUUUAAUAGGAGAGAACGCUACAGUUAUAUUACCAAUCAUGUUCCCUGCACUGUACAAAAACAGCAAAUCACACUGGAACAAGACCAUCCAUGGGUUGAUAUACAACGCUUUGAAAUUGCUCAUGGAAAUAAAUCAAAAACUGUUCGAUGAGUGCUCACAAAAUUAUGCGAAGGAGCGAUCGAUGGAAAAGAUCCGGCAAGAAGAAAAGGAGAGGAAAUGGGAGUUGAUAGAGCAAACCGCAAGAAAGAAUCCGAACUACUGCGAAGUAAAGGCGAUGUUUGGAGAUAUCAAUGGCGUAAUCUGUGGUAUGGAUACGUUAUCAAUUUCUAAAGCCAACUCAGAAGAAGAUACUGUGCAGUUGAGUAAGGAGGAGAUUAUGCGAAAUACCUUAAAUCGGGAAAAUGUCGAGCAAACCAACCAACGUGAAGUUGGAUUCACUCAAAAACGAAGUGAACUACCUCCUGACAGACAAACGGAGAAGGCGUUAGACGAGUAUAAACGACACGACGCUUAUCUGCGAAAGUUGGGUAACACUGAGUGA